AUGCGUGUAUCACGAACAGCAGGCCUGAUGGCCUUCUGCGCCACCGCGCAAGCCUUCUCUGACUCCUCUCCUUUCGUUAUGCUCUCGACCGCAGACUUCGCAAAGUCCGCUUCCAACCCGGCUCAACUUCAAACCGAAUCCCAGGUCUUCAAGUCUGUCCAGGACAUUCUCUCCUCCUGCCCGACGGACCACUACCUCCUUGUCUCUCAGCCAAACGCCAAUGCCGCCGACAUUCGUGGCCCCGAUGGCGGCGACUGUCGCUCACCCAACCUGUGCCGCGCUAUCUCGGGCAAGAACGUCCGCGGCAUCUAUAGCGUUGCUGAGGUGGUCGGCGAGGUCAAGGCUGACAGUAUUGCCGAGUAUAUCCAGAAGACAUGCGGCAGCAACUCCGAGAGGAAGUUCCGGAUCGACCAGACAAAGCUGGCGCCUCUCGGCCGCAACCCCCGCCAGAGGGCCUCUACGCUUGCCGACAACGAUCAUAUUUUAGGCGACAGCCUUGAGAAGCUGAAAGGAGAUUCUGAUUCGUACACCGUCAUCUACCUAUCCAGCCCCUCUGAGGCUACCUACCAAGCCGAAUUCACAGAGCCCCUGCACGCGGAGUUGAAACGCCAUGAGGCUAGCUUCUUGCACGCUCGCAAGGACAAAAACGAGACUGAGAGGGACACGCGCCCCCUGUUUGAGAAGUACAUCUUCUUUACUCCAGGCAUCUUUCACGCCCUGGUGGCAACCAUCCUACUCCUCUCCAUCCUUGGAGUCGGCAUCAGGGCUCUCGCAAGCCUUGAUAUUCCUUACGGGGCUUUCGAAAAAGAGAUGGGUCCCGCCGCUCAGAAGAAAAACAACUAG